CUUUUGGAUCUUUGGACUUUCUCGCAAAGUUGCAAAACUUGCGAAGCCACGAGCGGACACCACGACAUCAAUCACCCCUCACUUCUUCAGAAGGUACAGUAUCAGAAUCAAUUCGGAUUCCUUCUUUCUUAGUUCUUCCUUUUGGUUGUAGCCCUUGCUUGCGUUAUACUCUUUGUCUAUCCAUCUAUCUAUCUAUCUAUCUAUCUAUCCACCAUGUCUGAAGAAGCAGCCAAGCCAGUAGUGGAGACCGUGGACGAUGAUGGACCGAAGCUAUCCGCACAAGAAACCAAGACAUUGGGCAAUGAAGCGUUUUCUGCCGGAGAGUUUGCCAAGGCGAUUGACCUGUAUUCCAAAGCCAUUGCGAUGGACGAAAAGAACCAUGUGUACUAUUCCAAUCGCGCUGCCGCCCAUUUGAAAGCGGGUGACGCUGCCAAAGCUUUGGCCGACGCCAAUGAAUGUCUCAAGCUCUCGGAAGGUUCAUUCUUGAAAGGAUACACCCGCAAGGCCAACGCCCUCUUGGCGUUGCAUCGCUACAAUGAUGCCAGUCAAUGUCUACAAGAUGGUCUAGCCAAGUUCCCCAAUGAUCCCACCUUGGAAAAGCACUUGGCGGCCAUUAAAAAGGAACGUCACCUGGGCCAAGAAAAAGCACGAGCCAGUAUCGUCAUGACACAAUCCUCGCAACAGAAAAAGGCACAAAAGGCCGACUGCAGUAUGAGUGAUUUCGUCACCAUUACCAAGGCCAAUGUCGAAUUGCAAAUUCUCGCAUUGAAAGCACAACUCGAAUUGCUCAAUGGAUUGGCCGAAAUGUCGGACGACGAAAAACUGGAUAUGCUGUUUGAUUUGCUGGACAAGGAUAGGAGCGGAACGAUCAAUGCCCGAGAAUUGGCCGAUGGUAUUCGAAAGCGUCACGAAGGCAUGACAUUUGCCGAAGGAUUGGAUAGAGCCAUUCAAAUGGUGGCCAUUUUUGAUGAAGACGGCGAUGCCAGGCUCAAUCGGGACGAGUUCAAGAAGUUGAUCGAUGCAAUGUUGGCCGAGAAUGGAGUGACGUUCCAUCAGUUGUCCGAGUUCCUUAUUCUCCAACUCUUGUUUUCACCAGAAGGCAACAAUCCCAUUGAAGAGCUAGUAGGAGCAGUGGCAGCGGAGGAAAUUGAUGAACAGGUCAAGGAAACUAGCGAGUUCUUCAGAGCAGCUACCGACGAUCGCAUGAUGGCUCUCUUUCGGUUGUUUGACAUGGACGGAGAUGGCACUGUCUCGUUUUCCGAGAUUGCCCUCGGAUUGUUCAAACUGUCCAACAGCAGCAUUGAGGAUUCGACCAAUAGUGCAGUCGAACUACUCAUCAUGGUGGAAAAGGAUGACAGCCGUGAACUGGAUUUUGAAUCCUUUACCCGACUGAUUCUCAACUUUUGCGCGGUCGGGGGCAUGCGGUUUGACGAGGUGGCCGAUGGAUUGACCAUUCUGAUGUGUCAGCCGACUGUGAUGACCGAACAGGAAAUGGCACAACUGCUUGUGGCGGACGAAAUGUACAGCAUGGCCAAGGACUUUCAAGAUUCAUCGCAAGAGGCUAUUGAAGUCAUGGACGCCUUGUCGUACGGGAAGAUGCACAAACUCUUUACUCUGUGGGACGAAAACAACGAUGGAGCGCUGGACUACGAAGAGCUGCUCAAGGGCAUGCGCAAGUACCAGAGUGCCAUGGAUAUUGACGAAAGUGUCCAGCGAGCCGCCCUGGCCAUGCUGGCAUUUGACCAAGAUGGAAAUCAAAAGCUGGACAAGGAAGAGUUUGCGCAUGCAUUGACCAAGUUUGCCAGAGGCAUCGAGGUGGAUCUGCACGAGCUAAUUGAUUUCUUGGUCAUUGUUUCUGCUCUGAGUGACAAUGAUCCCAUGGAGUCUGCCUACAUCAAGGCCAUUGCACCGAAAGCCACUGCGGAGAUCAAGAGUCUCCAGAAUUUAGAAGACAACGGCGUUCUUGUAUUUGAACUCGAAUAGAGGAGGACGCCACUCCGUUGCUGGCGCCGUUCAUGCCACUCUCCCGUUGCUCGGACGGAGACGUUGUAUUUGUCGAGGUACCUUAGCAGAGACUGAUCUGUUUGUAAAAAGUAGGCAAUUAGUUGUAUAGAUGGCUGCAGCGUGGUGUAGUGAAGCAAGCAAUGGCAACUGUAGAAUUGAUUAUGGGGCUUGCCAAUUGCAACUGAGCAUUAGGACGACCCACGGUGGACCUCGUGGGACUUGUUAGAUUGUCAACUUUUGCAGCUCCACCAACAAAGUUUGAAGCCUUAGCUAGCUCAUACGGUAGUUGCAAGUACCCACCUACUGUCGCAAGGAGAACUUGAUAGCACUUUUGAGAGAUUUGACCUCACUGAUUCUCUGGGCUGGGUUACUUGCGUACUGUACGGUACGACUGUGCUACUUGAGUUAACUCCCAAGGUUAGUUGCGCCAAUCUGAGGUGGUAGCUAUCGGUACUAGCUAGUACCGGUAUGUAUGGUGGCUGGACAUCGGACAGCUUGAAAAAGCAUUCUGGCCACUUCGCCGGCACCGGUACGACUGUGCCAUUGUUUUGCCGGGAAAGGAUUCUGGUUGGCCAAACCUAACAUGAGGCUGGAACGCGUGGAAAAGAGUCAGGGAAAUUGCGACAAAAUAAGUUCCGUAUGUUCCAGAUUAAAGAUUCGAUUCCGCAAAGAAGCCUUCUCAAAAUACGGGACGAGGGCAUCAACAAAGCACACAAGGCAAACGAGAAGAGUUGAAGGGUUGUGGGACAAGGCAAGGUAGCACCGGUACCAGUGUCUGAGAAACAACAACAACACAACAAGUUGAAACCAAGAAGAUCGAAAGUCUCACAACGAUUCAACAACCGCCGACAGCAUUCUAUCCGAUCCUCCAAUCCCAUUUUCCAUCCUUCCUACUAGUAGCGGUGUCUUUCCAUUGUUGUACUACAGUAGUAGUCCGUCCAUGUCUCUAUUGGAUCUGCAUUCAUCGAUGCCCGAAUUCGUGACCAUGCAUCCCAGUGAACUUCAUCAAGACGACGAACCACAACCACAACGUCAGCCACAACAAUGCGACGAGCCGCCUCAGAGUCUGUUGAGUUCCUCGUCGACUGUCGGCAACAAGGCGCAGAAUCAGCCCGUCUGCCGUCGGUUAUCAUUGGACAGUCGCAUGUCGAUUAGCAAGGGUGACGUUGCCUACGGUCUCUUGAUCACUCUCAAUCCGACAUCCAAUCAAGUGGAACUGUCCUUUACACCCGAUGCCCACUGGCAAGACAUUCAUCCCAAUUGUUACGCACCCGCCGUGCUGGAAGAUAUGGAAAAGUUGGGAGGAGGUGGGAGCGGAGUGGCCGUCUUUGAAGGAUAUCAUCCCGAUUUGGGUGACGUCGUCAUGAAACACGGAGGCGACAAGGAUCUCAAAGAACUCUUUGCCUUGGCGACCAUUGCCGAAGAACUCAAAGUUCGUCGGCAACACAGUAACUGCGACCAUUGUGACGAUGCCGGAAAACAUUUGCAAGAAAAGAUUCCCGAGUUUCGAUUUAUUUAUCUUAGUCCGCAUCAUUUGGGAGAAAACAGACGCGAGUUGUGGUACAAACUCUCCCAUCUCUACAAGUACUCCAGUCGAAACUUGUUGGUUUUGCCAGAAGACACGCCGCAAGAACAACCACAACAAGUCAACUUGAACAAACCACAACCUGUGUAUCGAAAAGUAAAGUCCGAGACCGACGGCAAUACGACUGCUAUUACUCUGGAUCCCACCACCAUGUCAUCCAACAACUGUCGUCGUACCAGCAUGACCAGUUUCGAAAGCAUGGCCAGUAUGACCAGUACGACUAGUAGUACCGGUACGGGCAGUAGUACCAAUGAUCUCAGCAGUCUCAGCAACAAUACUACAACUAACGGUACCACAAGACGACAACACAAACACAAUAAACUCCGACAUGUCCCGUCCCGCAAUGGUCUCAACAUGACGCAGUCGGGAACCGUCUCGGGACAUCGCGACAUUGCUAUUUACAACAACGCCGAAAACGAUGCCAACAAUUCCUGCAAUAUCGAAUUGCUCGGAGAUUCCCUUACCGUCUCGGUUCCGUCAUCGUGUCAAGGAGAUGGCUGGACGCAACACAUUGUCAUUCC